AUGAAUCCCGAGAAAUUCACACACAAGACAAACGAGACAAUCGCUGCAGCUCACGAGCUAGCUGUAAACGCAGGACACGCUCAAAUCACUCCUCUUCAUCUAGCCGGUGCUUUAAUCUCAGAUCCAGCCGGAAUAUUCCCUCAAGCAAUCUCCAGCGCCGGCGGCGAUAACGCAGCUCAAUCCGCCGAAAGAGUCAUCACUCAAGCCUUGAAGAAGCUUCCCUCGCAAUCUCCUCCACCAGACGAUGUUCCCGGGAGCUCGAGUCUCAUCAAGGUCAUACGUCGAGCUCAAGCAGCUCAGAAGUCGCGCGGCGACACACAUUUAGCCGUAGAUCAGCUGAUUAUGGGUCUUCUCGAAGAUUCUCAGAUCAGGGACCUCUUGAACGAGGUCGGUGUCGCAGCGACGAAGAUCAAAUCGGAGGUUGAGAAGCUUCGUGGGAAAGAAGGGAAGAAAGUCGAGAGUGCUUCAGGGGAUACAAAUUUCCAAGCUUUGAAGACUUAUGGAAGAGAUUUGGUUGAGCAAGCAGGGAAGCUUGACCCUGUGAUUGGUAGAGACGAGGAGAUUCGAAGAGUCGUGAGGAUUCUCUCGAGAAGGACGAAGAACAAUCCGGUGCUUAUCGGAGAGCCAGGAGUUGGGAAAACAGCCGUCGUUGAAGGCUUAGCGCAGAGGAUUGUGAAAGGAGACGUCCCCAACAGUCUCACGGACGUGAGGUUGAUUUCUCUGGACAUGGGCGCUUUGGUUGCUGGUGCUAAGUACAGAGGAGAGUUUGAGGAAAGGUUGAAAUCUGUUUUGAAAGAGGUUGAGGAAGCUGAAGGGAAAGUGAUUCUCUUUAUCGAUGAGAUUCAUUUGGUUCUUGGUGCUGGUAAAACUGAAGGGUCGAUGGAUGCGGCGAAUCUCUUCAAGCCCAUGUUAGCAAGAGGCCAGCUCCGAUGCAUCGGUGCUACUACGCUUGAGGAGUACAGGAAGUACGUUGAGAAAGAUGCAGCCUUUGAGAGAAGGUUUCAGCAAGUCUAUGUAGCUGAGCCAAGUGUGCCUGACACCAUUAGUAUUCUCAGAGGGCUCAAGGAGAAGUAUGAGGGACAUCAUGGUGUUAGGAUCCAGGACAGAGCUCUUAUCAAUGCUGCUCAACUCUCUGCUCGUUAUAUCACCGGUCGGCAUUUACCGGAUAAAGCUAUCGAUUUGGUGGAUGAGGCUUGUGCUAAUGUGAGAGUCCAGCUUGAUAGUCAGCCUGAGGAGAUUGAUAACCUUGAGAGGAAGAGGAUGCAGCUGGAAAUUGAACUUCAUGCCUUGGAAAGGGAGAAGGAUAAAGCCAGUAAAGCUCGACUUGUGGAGGUGCGGAAAGAGCUUGAUGACCUGAGAGACAAGCUUCAACCUCUGACGAUGAAGUACAGAAAGGAGAAAGAGAGAAUUGAUGAAAUCCGCCGGCUUAAACAGAAGAAAGAAGAGCUCAUGUUUGCUUUGGAAGAGGCGCAACGAAGAUAUGACCUUGCAAGAGCUGCUGAUUUACAGUACGGAGCGAUCCAAGAAGUGGAAUCUGCGAUCGCUCAGCUUGAAGGAACUUCUGAGGAGAAUCUGAUGCUCACAGAAAACGUUGGGCCGGAGCACAUUGCUGAAGUUGUGAGCCGUUGGACCGGGAUCCCAGUGACGAGACUUGGCACGAACGAGAAGGAAAGGCUGAUUGGUCUUGGUGAUAGGUUGCACAAGAGAGUUGUGGGACAAAACCAAGCUGUAAACGCUGUUGCUGAGGCUAUUUUAAGGUCAAGGGCAGGACUUGGAAGACCACAGCAACCAACUGGAUCGUUCUUAUUCCUUGGUCCAACUGGUGUUGGCAAAACUGAGCUUGCAAAGGCUCUUGCUGAGCAGCUCUUUGAUGAUGAGAACCUCCUAGUUCGGAUUGAUAUGUCCGAGUAUAUGGAACAACACUCUGUCUCUCGACUCAUUGGAGCACCACCAGGGUAUGUUGGUCACGAGGAAGGUGGACAACUGACUGAAGCUGUGAGGAGGAGGCCUUACUGUGUUAUUCUCUUUGAUGAAGUGGAGAAAGCCCACGUUGCUGUGUUCAACACUCUGCUCCAAGUGUUGGAUGAUGGUAGAUUGACAGAUGGGCAAGGGAGGACGGUUGAUUUCAGGAACUCGGUGAUAAUCAUGACGUCGAACCUUGGCGCAGAGCACCUCCUCUCAGGGCUCACUGGGAAAGUGUCGAUGGAUGUUGCUAGGGAGUGUGUGAUGCAGGAGGUGAGGAAACACUUCCGUCCAGAGCUCCUGAACAGGCUUGACGAGAUUGUGGUGUUCGAUCCCUUGUCGCAUGAUCAGCUGAGAAAAGUUGCUCGUCUCCAGAUGAAAGAUGUUGCUGUCAGGCUUGCUGAGAGAGGUGUUGCUUUGGCAGUCACUGAUGCUGCUUUGGACUAUAUCUUGGCAGAGAGUUAUGACCCGGUGUAUGGAGCUAGGCCGAUAAGGAGAUGGAUGGAGAAGAAAGUGGUGACGGAGCUGUCAAAGAUGAUUGUGCUUGAGCAAAUCGAUGAGAACUCGACCGUUUACAUAGACGCAGGCGCUGGUGGGUCAGAUCUUGUGUACCGUGUUGAGAAGAACGGAGGGCUAGUGAACGCUACGACAGGGAAGAAGUCGGACGUGUUGAUUCACAUUCCUAAUGGGCCGAAGAAGAGUGAUGCAGCUCAGGCGGUGAAGAAGAUGAGGAUCGAGGAGGUAGAAGACGAUGAUGAGGAAAUGGUUGAGGACUAA